AUGCCCUUCUUCAGCAGCGGAGUGCAGAGCCCGCGCCGUCGCAAUCGCGAAAAAGCGAUCAUCCUCACGAUCCUCAUCGUCUACGCGCUCUACUUCCUAUUCUUUGCUGGACAAUCCGGGGAUCGAAGUCCGGCAGCUGUGGUCCACGAUGCUGUACAUAACGAGGGGUUGAAUCGGGACUCGCGUUCGGAACAGACAUCGCCGUCGCAGAAAGCCGAGCGCCUCGAGGGGGAUUUGGUGAUCGCCAGUAUGAAGGGCGAUGAUACGUCGUGGUUGUUUGAGAACUUCCCCGAGUGGCAUAAAAGUGUCUACGUGGUCGACGACAAGAAGGCGGAGUUGACGGUGGCUCAGAACAAAGGGCGGGAGUCGAUGGUAUAUUUGACGUACAUAAUUGAUAAUUACGAGCAUCUGCCGGAUGUGAUGCUCUUCAUUCACUCGCAGCGCUAUCAAUGGCACAACGAUGAUCCCUACUACGACGGAGUUCCUGUGCUCCGUCACUUCCAGGUGCCUUAUCUCCAGAAGCAAGGCUAUGUCAAUUUGCGUUGUGCGUGGGUUCUCGGAUGUCCGUCGGAGAUCCGCCCGCUCUCGGACACACACCGCGAGGACGUGCAUGCGGGCGAAUAUUUCAAGACAGGGUUUAUGGAACUAUUUCCCGGUGAGAAGGUCCCGGAAACGGUUGGGGUUUCUUGCUGUGCACAGUUCGGAGUUACAAGCUGGAAGGUCCGCGAGAGGCCCAAGAGUGACUAUGAGCGGUUCCGAAAAUGGCUGGCUGAAACUCCGCUCAAGGAUGACCUUAGUGGGCGGAUUAUGGAAUACUCAUGGCAUAUGAUAUUCGGCCAAGGACCCGUCUACUGUCCUACGGCGGAGGAGUGUUAUUGCAAGGUGUUUGGUCUAUGUGACCUUUCCUGCCCGACUGAUGGUGGAUGCACCGGGCGCUAUGUACUCCCGCCCUUUUCAAGUCUCCCCCAGGGAUGGCCGUAUGUCGGGUGGAAGGGCCAGAAGCAAGACCCCAGUAAAGGACUUCCCGAGUCCUAA